GUCGAGCAUUGUCCCCACCCACCUUCCCUUCCGAGAGACAGUCUCAAAGCUUCAACCACAAACCAAACCAAAAAGAUCACAACACCAGUCAAAGACAAGCAAAGGCUGAGCCAAAUCUGACAUUCCAACCAGAAAGAAACAGCGCAAUGAGCGGUUGUGAUUAGAAUUCUCCAUUCAGCCCCUUCUGAACCGAUGGAACUCAAUGAGGACCUGCAGGGCCUCAUUGAGAGAGCAGGGGAGCUGCAGGACAGGAUUGGCGACAAGAUUGCGGGUGCUCAUAGCUACUGCAAAUUCUGCUCCGAGCGUGGAAGGUAUUGCAAUGUUGUGAGUGCCGAGGCAUAUGAGGAUCGGGAGAGGCUGGUUGAGAUUAGAGAUUCGCUGAAGGAUCUCGAGACCAUGCUCGUCUAUUUGCAGAAUAUACACGCAUGGCAGAGACUACGAAGCUGGCAACUCGUAAACUGGAAUGCCGCGCUCGUUCGUUUGGAAGAAAGCAGAUCAAGUCUCAUUGAAAAGGCGAAUCAAUACCGGGGGAGGUCUCUCGAUGUGAUACGAGAACUAGAAGAAUGUUUUGGCAAUGGUGGAAUUGGAUUCGGACUCGGAGCGAAUAAUGAUAAGAUGAAGGAAGACGCGGGACCCCCAGCCCGGAUCCGAAAGAGGAGGCUGUUCGGGUUACUGAUAGGUUGCAUAGGAAGUCUGUUUAAUCCUUGGAAAUGGCAUGGAGCAGCCCGAAUCGCAGUAAGCAUGGUGCUUGCUUCAGUGAGCGUUUCGUCUACGGUUUCUCUUAUACAUGGAUGCUGGCAACAGAACUCGAUAUCGAGGAGGAGAUCUCUUUCGUCCGUACGAUCGAAGCGACGAAUAGAGAAAGAUAUGACUUUGGAUGUGUUUUAUGGCAGGGGAUGAAAGCAUCUUGUCGAGCAUAACCAUAGCAUUACAGUACACAGGUUCAUUUAUUUAUGCAGACAUUUGUUGAACAGCUUGUCACUAACAAUGUCUACGAAGGAAAUUGUUUAUUUAAUUAUUUCUUUAUUUA